AUGUCUCUAUGGGAUGAGAAACCCUCAAGGAAGGAGAUGAAGAAGCUGAAAGAACACUACGACAUGCUUUACUUUGUUUGUGAUGCUCAGUACAGGAUUCCAUCUUCCUGCCCAUGUAGAGGACGAAUCGUCAACGAGGUUUCUACUUAUCCAAAAGAUAAGGAUUGGUUACCAGGCCGGGGGUACUUCACUUCCAAUGAGUUCAAGGACGAUGGACUCCACUUCCGUCAACCAUGGGUUAUCAGAGUUCAGGAAGAGAUAAGCCGUUUAAGUAAAAAGGUGGACGAAAUGCCUGCAGAGAUAGCUGAGCUCAAAGCUCAUUCCCCAAUAAGUGUUUGUUUGGUUUUCUCUCUACUUUGA